AUGAGUUUAAGUAUUGUGGCCAGAGCUUUAGCAAUGCCAAAGUCCUUGGUUCCCACCGACUUCUCCACCUUGGAGGGUAGGAUGGCAGCGUGGCACACUGUUGCUAUGGCGAUGACUUUGACCAUCCAUCUCCCUGUCAUCCUCUCCAAACCAUCCAUCUCCCUGUCAGCCUCCCCAAACCAUCCAUCUCCCUGUCAUCCUCCCCAAUCCAUCCAUCUCCCUGUCAUCCUCCCCAAACCAUCCAUCUCCCUGUCAUCCUCCCCAACCAUCCAUCUCCCCGUCAUCCUCCCCAAAACCAUCCAUCUCCCCGUCAUCCUCCCCAAACCAUCCAUCUCCCUAUCAUCCUCCCCAAACCAUCCAUCUCCCUGUCAUCCUCCCCAAAACCAUCCAUCUCCCCGUCAUCCUCCCCAAACCAUCCAUCUCCCUAUCAUCCUCCCCAAACCAUCCAUCUCCCUGUCAUCCUCAUCAAACCAUCCAUCUCUCCGUCAUCCUCAUCAAACCAUCCAUCUCCCCGUCAUCCUCCCCAAACCAUCCAUCUCCCUGUCAUCCUCAUCAAACCAUCCAUCUCUCCGUCAUCCUCAUCAAACCAUCCAUCUCUCCGUCAUCCUCAUCAAGCCAUCCAUCUCUCCGUCAUCCUCAUUAAACCAUCCAUCUCCCCGUCAUCCUCCCCAAACCAUCCAUCUCCCUGUCAUCCUCCCCAAACCAUCCAUCUCUCCGUCAUCCUCCCCAAACCAUCCAUCUCCCCUUCAUCCUCCCCAAUCCAUCCAUCUCCCUGUCAUCCUCCCCAAACCAUCCAUCUCUCCGUCAUCCUCCCCAAACCAUCCAUCUCCCCGUCAUCCUCCCCAAUCCAUCCAUCUCCCUGUCAUCCUCCCCAAACCAUCCAUCUCUCCGUCAUCCUCCCCAAACCAUCCAUCUACCCGUCAUCCUCCCCAAACCAUCCAUCUCCCCGUCAUCCUCCCCAAUCCAUCCAUCUCCCUGUCAUCCUCCCCAAACCAUCCAUCUCCCUGUCAUCCUCCCCAAACCAUCCAUCUCCCUGUCAUCCUCCCCAAAUCAUCCAUCCCCCUGUCAUCCUCCCCAAACCAUCCAUCUCCCUGUAAUCCUCCCCAAACCAUCCAUCUCUCCGUCAUCCUCCCCAAACCAUCAAUCUCCCUGUCAUCCUCCCCAAUCCAUCCAUCUCCCUGUCAUCCCCCCAAAACCAUCCAUCUACCCGUCAUCCUCCCCAAACCAUCCAUCUCCCUGUCAUCCUCCCCAAAACAUCCAUCUCCCUGUCAUCCUCAUCAAACCAUCCAUCUACCUGUCAUCCUCCCCAAACCAUCCAUCUCCCUGUCAUCCUCCCCAAAACAUCCAUCUCUCCGUCAUCCUCAUCAAACCAUCCAUCUCCCUGUCAUCCUCCCCAAACCAUCCAUCUCCCUGUCAUCCUCCCCAAACCAUCCAUCUACCCGUCAUCCUCCCCAAACCAUCCAUCUACCCGUCAUCCUCCCCAAACCAUCCAUCUCCCCGUCAUCCUCAUCAAACCAUCCAUCUACCUGUCAUCCUCCCCAAACCAUCCAUCUCCCUGUCAUCCUCCCCAAACCAUCCAUCUACCCGUCAUCCUCCCCAAACCAUCCAUCUCUCUGUCAUCCUCCCCAAACCAUCCAUCUACCCGUCAUCCUCCCCAAACCAUCCAUCUACCCGUCAUCCUCCCCAAACCAUCCAUCUCCCCGUCAUCCUCCCCAAACCAUCCAUCUCCCUGUCAUCCUCCCCAAACCAUACAUCUCCCUGUCAUCUUCCCCAAUCCAUCCAUCUCCCCGUCAUCAUCAUCAAUCCAUCCAUCUCCCUGUCAUCCUCCCCAAACCAUCCAUCUCCCCGUUAUCCUCAUCAAUUUAUCCUUCCCCCUGUCAUCCUCUCCAGACCAUUUCCACCCCAUCAUCAUCAUCAAUCCAUACUUCCCCCUGUCAUCCUCCCCAAACCAUCCAUCUCCCCGUCAUCCUCAUCAAUUUAUCCUUCCCCCUGUCAUCCUCUCCAGACCAUUUCCACCCCAUCAUCAUCAUCAAUCCAUACUUCCCCCUGUCAUCCUCCCCAAACCAUCCAUCUCCCCGUCAUCCUCAUCAAUUUAUCCUUCCCCCUGUCAUCCUCUCCAGACCAUUUCCACCCCAUCAUCAUCAUCAAUCCAUCCAUCUCCCUGUCAUCCUCCCCAAACCAUCCAUCUACCCGUCAUCCUCCCCAAACCAUCCAUCUACCCGUCAUCCUCCCCAAACCAUCCAUCUCCCCGUCAUCCUCCCCAAACCACCCAUCUCCCUGUCAUCCUCCCCAAACCAUCCAUCUCUCUGUCAUCCUCCCCAAACCAUCCAUCUACCCGUCAUCCUCCCCAAACCAUCCAUCUCCCUGUCAUCCUCCCCAAACCAUCCAUCUCCCUGUCAUCCUCCCCAAACCAUACAUCUCCCUGUCAUCUUCCCCAAUCCAUCCAUCUCCCCGUCAUCAUCAUCAAUCCAUCCAUCUCCCUGUCAUCCUCCCCAAACCAUCCAUCUCCCCGUCAUCCUCAUCAAUUUAUCCUUCCCCCUGUCAUCCUCUCCAGACCAUUUCCACCCCAUCAUCAUCAUCAAUCCAUACUUCCCCCUGUCAUCCUCCCCAAACCAUCCAUCUCCCCGUCAUCCUCAUCAAUUUAUCCUUCCCCCUGUCAUCCUCUCCAGACCAUUUCCACCCCAUCAUCAUCAUCAAUCCAUCCAUCUCCCUGUCAUCCUCCCCAAACCAUCCAUCUCCCUGUCAUCCUCCCCAAACCAUCCAUCUCCCUGUCAUCCUCCCCAAACCAUCCAUCUCCCCGUCAUCAUCAUCAAUCCAUACUUCCCCCUGUCAUCCUCUCCAGACCAUUUCCACCCAAUCAUCAUUCUUCCCCAACCACUCCUCCCAGCUAACAUCCUGUCCAAUACAGAACCAUGUAACUUGGAGUGGUAG